AUGGACGAACAACUGUCUCUUUUCAUGGACAUUACGUCUGUAAGCGAUCCCACCGUGGCGUCAAAUUUUCUAGAAAUGUCUGGUGGCGAUCUUUCAACUGCUGUUGGUUUGUACUAUGAACACGGUGCUGGUGCCGGACAAGGCAGGGUUGGAAACGAAGAAGACGAUUUCGAAAUGGCAAACAGGCUGCAGAGGGAAAUGUACGAGCAGCAGCAUAAUACAGAACAUGAGGUACGCCAACCCAUAAUGCCAACACAUGAUACGCUUUUGCCCCAAGAAUAUGGUUUUGGUGGAUUGGCUAGUACUGGCCCACAGGGAGGUAUGUUUGGCAGAUCACAGCGAAGCGUGUUCAACCAAAUUGGAGGGCAUGGAGUGGUCGUAUUAGAUAACGAUGACGAUGACGAUGACGAUGACGACGACAAUGACUAUGACCAAGAUUUGGUUGGCAACUAUGACUUGAGUGGUGGCCUGAUGCAACCGUCUAGACCAAGAAUGACCAGCACACAAAAACGCUUGGCUAAUAUUUUUAGGCCACCUUGGGAUAUCAUCAGUAAGAUCGAUUUGGACACGGCUAAGAUAAAAGCGAGACAAGAGCAGAAAUGGAUUUUGAUUAAUAUUCAGGAUGUCACCGAUUUCAGAUGUCAAUGUUUGAACAGAGAUUUCUGGAGCUCUCAACAGAUCAAGGAGCUGGUUGAGGCGAAUUUUAUCUUCGUACAAUACCACAACGAUUCCCCCAGUGGAGAAAUGUACAGAAACCUCUACCCGUUUGACGAGGAAUACCCACACAUCGCAAUCUUGGACCCUAUAACGGGUGAGAGAAUGAUUAUGUGGAACACAAACCCUGAGAUACAAAAAUUCAUCGAACAAGUAGUAGACUUCUUGACGAGGUACUCAUCAGAUGGAACCACAGCCAAGGUGGCACCAACAAGUAUAGGCAUGAACAAAGAGCACGCUAUUGCUCUUGAUGACGACGACUCAGAAGAGCAGGAGGGGAGAGUCGGUGAAACCGAGAGCGAAAGUGAGGCCGAAGAAAUAUUGUUGUCUGACGAGGAAGAACAAAACGGAAACAAGAAGCCAUCAAAGGAACUCUCAUAUGCUGACAAAAUCAAUUCCAUUGAGGCCAAAAACCUGCCUGAUCCUACCCCGGAUAUAGACCCCACUCUUAUCACCCGUAUCCAAAUUCGUUCCGGUAUCGAUGGUAGAAGAGUCGUCAAAAAGUUUCUUGUUAACGAUCCGGUGUUGCGUGUGUUUGAAUACGUCAAAUUUGCAUUUGCAGACUCAUUACAAAACAGAACUUUUACGUUGAAGAUGCAGCGUGAAAAUCUAGGUGAGAACCUCGACAAAAGCAUUACCGAUUGUCAACUUAAGAAUGCAUCUCUUCUUUUGGAA